AUGAACUUCGUGUGGGUGGUGAAAGCGGGGGCCGAGAAAGGGAAAUCGAAGUAUACCUUCGAUCCAGAUUCGGCCUACAUCGAUCCCCGCGACAAAGAGCGGGUGAGCCGCGACAAGCUGCGCUGCGACGUGUGCGGCAACUUGCUGCGGCGGCCCUACCGCGUGCGCUGCUACGCGCGGCGGAGCCCAAAGGAUCCACCCGAGCAGAAGGUCGAAAGAACCAUGCAGGCGGAGAUCUAUUUGGUGGGACAUCGCUGCAUGAAGGGAUUACUGGGUGUGCCAGGGCAGCGAUGCCUUCCUCGCAGCAAGCUGCGGCUUGAUAUUCGCAAGUCCUUGCUGAAUGGCACCAUCUUCCAGAUGGACGAGAUACCGACGGCAGAUGCAAAUGGAGAAGUCAAGGAGUACAAACAGACGGAGGUUAUUGAAGCACUGCACUUUGGCUUUACUUUAAGGAGGCAAGCUGAGUUGAACAAGCUCAUCUCGGAAUGCGCCGGCCCAGAUGCUGCCUGGCGCCAGAUUUCUUCGACCCCACGAGAGGUCGGGGUUCGCUCCGGCGCCAACUGCCGAGCCUUUGAGCAGAGGCCUUACAACGAGGAGGAGGCGCAGACCGAAGAUGAAGGCGCCACCGUGAAACCGCCGACGAGGCGAAAGCGGAAGCCCAAGGAGGUGAAGGAGAAGGAAUCGAAGGAGAAACCCGAGAAGCUUGGUGCUCCAAGUGACGACCUGAAAGACGGGGAGCGGAUCCUUCCGGAGCCUCCAAAGCCCGGGCGGUUCUCGAAAAAGUAUCGGACCAUGCUGCCCAAGGUGGCGGAGACCAUCAACGAGCUGGAUGCCCCACACAAGAUCUAUGCCAAGUGUCUGCCGGGCUUCACACGGCCGCCCUACGUGGUGGUGAUCCCAACCUAUGGCCGUCCAGACCGGCUGGUGAACGAGACACUGGCCUUCCUUCGACGACAGAGACCUGGCACAAACACAUGUUUGGCCGAAAAGAACGGCGACAAGGUCAUACAGUACCCCGUGAAGGUUCUGGACACUAUGAAGAUUCCUCAGAACCUCAUUGAGAUCUGGCUUCUCACAUCGUCAGGGGUGAUGGAGCAGCGAUGGCGCAUUGGUUUGUCCCAUCCGGAAGGGACACACAUCGUGUCCUUUGACGAUGACAUCCCUGAGGUCUUCGAAAAAGUCCGGCCAGGAACGUCCUCCGACACGAUGCAGCCCUUGCCCAACGGGAGCUUGGAAGCCAUCAUCCACCACGCGAGGGACCUGAUGCAUCAGGAAGGCUGUUACAUCUGGGGCUUAGCCCCUUCGGCCAAUCCCAUGAACUUGGUGGUGAAUCGCAUUUCCCGGCGGAAUGGCAUGGUGAAUGGCUUUGCCUAUGGCUACCUGAAUCGCCAUGACGAGCGCUUCAUGAGUAUCUAUUGUUCGCCCACCGAGGACGUGGAACGCAGUUGUCGCUUCUAUGAGAGUGACACAGUGCUUCUGCGCUACUUGAUGUACGCGGCCCGCACGAAGUUCAAAGCACCGGACGGGAUUAGCUUGCUCUACAACAGUCCUACGGAGCGAAAGAACGAUGAAGAGGUGAAGAUCAGCGGAGAGUUCCCGCAUCUCCUCUCCGUGCGCACGGGGGAGCGGAAACGUCGCACUGAGCAAGCCAUGAACUUCACCUUCGUCUCCAUUGGUCAAGGCCCCUUGCUGCCGAACGGUGUGGCCACCCGAGCGAAGAAGGAGGAUGGCGCGACGGAGGCGCCCAAGCCAGAGAAGCAGAAAGAGGAGAGCUGGGCUCAACAGCACCUGGAUGAGGAUAGCCGUGGAUCAUUAUGGAUCAUACGGGAGCCAAAGGAGGUGAAGACCAAGAUCAAGAAGCAGGCAGAGGAUGAGAAAGAGCUGCUGGACAAGUGCGUGCAGAUCCAAGAGUAUCUCAUGGAAGUCGAGGUUCGUGUGACCAUUUGCCAGGAUGGUCUGCGGAAGGCUUGGGAAGACCAGGUUUGCCCAGGAUGGUCUGCGGAGGAAGGGAUGGCCGACGCGAAGAAGGAGGGCAAGGACACCAAGGAGACGAAGGGACCAUGGCUGGAAAAGCUGGAGACGAGGGAAGUCUCCAAUGUCCAGAAGUUGAUGGAGAACCUCAUCAACAAUGCGCAAGCGGACAAAGUGCUGAAUGAAAAGAAGGUGGUCCCACCGGCACCGGCGCCCAAAGCGCCGCCGGCGCCGGCGCCGGCAGCGGCGCCAGCAGCGCCCAGCUCGGUGCCAUUCGCGCCGUUCAAGAAUGGUCUGGCACAGGCCACUGCGCCCAAUGGGCCCUACCCACCGAAUGGGCCCACGCUCCAUGUGCUCGACGGGCCGACCUCGGCGAUGCCCGCGGCGAUGCCCGCGGCGAUGCCAGCGGCGAUGCCCGCGGCGAUGCCCGCGGCGAUGCCCGCGGCGAUGCCCGCCGCGAUGCCCGCGGCGAUGCCCGCCGCGAUGCCGGCGGCGGCCUCGAUGUCACCGCACUUUCUGAUGGCUCCAUCCAUACCCAAAGCUCCAUCCUUCCAAUCGCAUCAGUGGAACUUGAAUGCAAAGGACGUCUCCCAAGAGGAGUGGUGGUUGACCAUGGCUCCCGUCACGCCUCCGGAGCUACGACACCAAGCCUUGGCGGUGGACGAUGUCAGCGAAGAUGAGGCCUCACCAGGUGGGCGCACGCCGCCACUCUCAGAGGUGAACGGAGUGAACGGAGUCGUGUCCAAAAACAUGGAUAGUGACGAUGACCUGGAGAUCAUUGCGGUCAACUUACCGGAGGCGCCGCAGCAGGUGCCGCAGCCGGUGCCGCAUCUGGCAGGGCGACGUUUGGUGCCACCGGAUCUGGCACAACUGGUGCCGCCUACAGGGGAAGGUGAAUUGAAGCCGUCCUUACAUCCGGAGCCGUGGCGACAUUUGCACCGUGGGAUGUAGGUGUGAAGUUUUCCGAGAUUGGAACAAGCCAACUUGUGUUUGGUUGCGACGGAGUUUCUAGGUUUUUAGGUAGAUAUUAUUCAAGAACAUCCAGACAGCAGUCCUAUUUUGUUCUAUCAGUUUUGGAUCUCUGAGCCGUGGAUGAUGGUCCAAUCUUGAUAAGGAAACAGUGUUCAAAAGAGGACAGCAACAAGACGGAU